AUGAUGGAGGCCUUCCUGGAUGCUUGCGCGAACCCGGUGCGGCCCCAGCAAGGGCGCGCCGCUGGGCAGACAGCGUUGCCCAGGCUGGCUUCCUACUUCCAGGAGUACCACCGCCCCGACCCAGACAGCCGAGAGCAGCACCAGCACGGGCACUUCACCGUGAAGUAUGGCGGAAGCGUGCGCUUCCUGCCAAUCAAGAAGGCGCUGCUCGCGCGGCCCGGGCUCGCGUCCCACUGGAAGGGAGGCUUCAGCGGCUACUGGCAACCUGUGCGGUAUUGCGGACUGGCGUCGCCCCCGAAGAAGCCCGCGGCGGCCUUGGACCCGCGCCUGGUGCUCCGGGCCCCGCCUGGCGAGAAGCCUCACCCAGCCAUCCUGGACAGCGUGCGCGAGCCGGCGACAGCGGCUGCCAUGACUGCCAGGAGGCUCCGCGCCGACAACGCCGCAGCGGAGCAGGGGAAGGAGCCACGUCGCCUGACGGAUGGCGACGUCUGGGCCCUCGUGGUCCGGUCUGGCGCCGCGGACCAGCAACUGGCGCUGUUCGCGAAGCAGCAUGCUGGGCAUGCGAUGGUCGAGUACUUGUUCAAGCGCAGGAACACUUUGAACAGCGUCAUCGACGAUACCUGGGCCUGGGAGGAGAUCGACGACAGCGCUGUGCAGCAGUGCCGGGCCACGCGCCUCGAGGCGAUGGCCGCCGCCGACACGGGGGACUGCGUCUGCGGGGGCCAGUGGCUGUCCUACGUGACGUCCAGCAUGGUGGCGAACGGCGUGCCCUUGGCGGAGUUCUGCCACGAUAUCCACGUCGCCAUGCAGGCGGGCCGCUCCCCCGCCACCCCAGUGGUGGUCCUGGCUGGAUCCGUCGGCGGCGAGGGGGAGAGCAUCUUCCUGAGGGCUCUGCUGAACGUCUUCGCGACCCACCGCGCCGUCUUCCCGACGCCUUCCAAGGGCAAUUUCCCUUUAUUGCACCUUCCAGAGGCGAAGGUGUGCUUCUUAGACGAGUACCGGUCGGCGGAGACGCGUCAGCACCGCGAGCUCCGAGGGACCGCCUUUAGGAAGCUCAAGGCGUGCGGCAGCAGAGCGCAGCUCACGCAGGAGGAGCGAGCAGCGGUGACGAGGCAGCUGAGAAGCGACAUCGAGAGGCUGACGACGGAGAGUCAGAACAUGAGACAGGAACUUCAGAACAGAGACGUGACGAUCGCAGAGAUGCGAGGUCAGCUUCAAGCUCAGCAACAGGCUCAGCAGCAGCGGGUAGCCCCGCGCGGCGAGAUGAUGGAUCCGAAGAUUCUUCACAAGGUGAAGCCGUUCGACGGCCACAGGGCGAGUUGGAAGACGUUCAGUUUCCAGUACAGAGCGUACCUGAUCGCCCAGGAUCGAAGGUACCGAGAUCUUCUGGAAAGGUGCGAGGACGGAGCCCAGGAGGUGGACAACGUCAACCUGGACGCGCAGGAGGAAGAGCUAAGCACGCAGUUGUACUACGGCCUGGUCCUGGCGAUGCCCGAGGACUCAGUAGGCGAGCUGAUCGUGAGGAACAGCCCAGUAGGAGAAGGAGCCGAGUGUUGGAGGAAACUUCAGAAGGAGUACAACCCGAGCGAGGCAGGAAACGUGCUGGCGAUGUGGACCAAGCUCACGGACACGAAGUUCGACGCCAAAGAAGACGUGAUGGUGAGCAUCAGCAAGCUGGACGAGGACAUGGCAAGGUACCAGAAGAUGGCAGGAGAACCAGUCUCGGACCUGAUCAAGCGAGGCAUCCUUACAAAGGCGCUGAAGGAUCACGACGAGUUGCAGAAGCACGUGUUUCGGAACAGCAGUCGGCUAAGUACGUACGAGCUCCUGAGAGCCGAGGUGGUGUCGGCGUUGAUGGCAGAGCGAGCGGUUCAGGACGACCCGAUGGAGAUAGGCGCGCUGAAGGGCGGAAAGAGACCGUGGAAAGGCCGCGGCAAAGGGAAAGACGGCAAGGGCAAGGAGAGGCCACCGAAUCCCGACGCCGAGAUCGAGUGCCACUACUGUCACAAGAAGGGCCACCGCAGCGCAAACUGCCGAAAGCGGAUCGCCGACGAGAAGAAUACAUCCGAGAAGGACAAGAAGGACAAGAAGCAGCUCCGUCUCAAGAAGCGCAGCCACACGAUCGACUGGAAGUACUGCUUGCCUAGCUACCACCAAUAUGUCUGCUGCUCUUGCAAGAAGACCUUUGAAGGAUGGCGAUGGCACUUCGAUCAGUGGAAGCUGGACUACUGUGCCGCGUGUGCCAAGUACUGCCUGGACAGCUGGUUCAAGGACGAGGAAGAGCCAGACGACAACGAGAAGCAUGUCACCGUCGCUGGUCUUCGGCCCGUGGAUGAAGAUCAGAGCCCUGCAGAUGACCGAUUGCGGUUAGCCCCGCUUCGGAAUGCGAUCAUGCUCGACUCAGGUGCGCAGAUCAGUGCGAUACCGAGAUCACAGGUGACCAAGCAUAACUACACGCCGACGGACAGCAACGUUGUCGGCUUGAAGGGCAUAGGAGGCGAGGAGAUCGAGAGGUACGGCCACGUGGUCACUGGAUCAUCAACGGUACCGUCGAGCCACCUGACGGAGCUGAGUUCGUACCUCUACGGCGUCACCAAGGAACCAGCUGAUGAGAACAAGAUCCCGAAGGUCAUGUUCGACAUCUUUUACGUAGGGACGGACCAGCUGGCUGCGAAGUACAAGCUUAAAGGAGGUUACUUCAGCAUCAGGGAGAAGAUGUCGGUCACGAAGGCCGAGCUAGACCAAGCGGUCUCUGUCUUGAAUGUUAUCGACUGUAAGAUCUUGGCUCAGGCGACGUUGUACGCGAACAAGGAGACGGAUGACUACAAGGUGUCAUUCCUGCUAGGCGUGCUGGAAGCUUGGGGCCACACAACAGUCAUACUUCAGACAGACCAGGAGCCUGCCACCAUGGCUCUGGCGCAGGCAGUUCGAGAUCGCAGAUCACACUCAACCUUGGUGCGGGGAUCACCGCCCUUUUCCAAGCAGAGUGCAGGCUACGCUGAAGGAGGUAACAAGCUAGCAGCUGGUCUACUUCGAGCCUACAAGCUGAAACUGGAGCACAAGCUGGGCAGCGAGAUCAAGAUGACGGAUCCGAUCGUGCCAUGGCUUGUGAACUCAGUGGGGUGGAUGAUCACCAGAUUCCAGCCUCGCAGUCACGGAGGUUCCUCCUACAAGAUGCUCUACGGCAAAGAGUACAACGGCGAGAUUGCGGAGAUGGGUGAGCAGGUCUGGUAUCGGAUCUCAGCCCGAGUUGCCGCGGGACGUGGCAAAUGGGAAGCCCGCUUCGCAAAAGGAGUUCAGAUGCAGCCCGAGCUCAUCCAGCACAUCAGGGUGACGCCCUGGAAGCAGACGCCCGACAAGAGUUCAGGAACGAUCGGAUGCAGCAUGUACAUCACGGAGCGCAUGAUCGAUGCUCAUGGUCCUACUGACGAGUGCAGGAAGUGCAGUACAGGAUACGGUUCGCAUUCGGCAGCCUGCCGACAGCGUUUCGAGACCAUUCAGGCCGACUUGCUGCGCGAGAAGUUGGCAAAGGACCCUGUGGCCCCUGAGGUGCAGACAGCCAUGGACACGGAGAGUGGCGAGCUCAGGAGCCACUUCGGAGAUCCUGAGGAUCAGCAGGUGGAGCAGAUGGUUGAGGUGAGCGCCGAGCUGCAUGAGAAAGACCAGUGGAGCCCAAAGACGAUACACUACGCCAUGAAAGACUACGGGGUCUACGUGGAAGUGGCGACAUCGACGGCGACUGACGGCAAGCACAUUGGAGGUUUCCCGAUAGCCCACAUGAAAGAAGGAAAGGUCAGGUGGAGGUUCGUAUCAACCGAGGUGAACAAGUACGAGGUCAGGGAGGACAACCACCAAGGCACGCCCCCGCUCAUGAUUGUCAGAGCGACGCUGAGCCGUGCCGCUUCAAGUCCAACUUACAGCGGGCAGCACCUGCGGAAGAUACAAGUCUGGGACGUCAGGAAGGCUUUCUUCAACGCUGACUUAGACGAGACGAUCUACGUGCAUCCUGGGAGAGAGCUGUGUCCGCCUGGAAGGUGCUGGUGGUUACGCAAGGCCAUGAACGGUACCAGGAAGGCGUCGCAGAUGUGGGGUGAGCUUGUGAGAACUACUAUGGACGACGGCCAUUGGAAAUGCUUGGUUGGAACUCCUAACGUGUUCUACUUACCUGCUAGCCCCAACACAGCCCCCUUCGACGAGGAUAGCACAGCGAUCUGCCAUGGCGAUGACUUUCUUGCUGAAGGCUACGACGAGCAGCUGGACGAGCUGGACGAGUUGUUGAAGCAGCAGUUUGAGGUCACGGCCAGCGCCAGACUUGGACCAGGUUGCGAGGAGCCAGGUUUCUUCUGGACUGCCGAUCCUAAGCAUGUGGACUUCAUGAUCAAGUGGACGCAGAAGCGAGGCACCGCUCUUUACCUUUCUUCGGACAGGCCCGACACGAUGUACGCCAGCAAGACAGCGAUGCAGCACGUCUCCAACCCGAACGUCUUGAUGCAUGCGCGUGUUCAGCGACUUGGAAGGUAUUACGAAGGACUUCAGUGUAAGACUUACCUGAUCGAGACCCAGAGGCCCUGCAACCUGAAGAUCUAUAGUGACAGCACAGCUGGACGUGGCAUGUGCAGCCGAGUUGGGGUGGGCAAGGUCAGGCAUCUGGAGCUGAGGUACUUGUGGAUUCAGGAGCGGUUGCGUCUCAAGGCGUUCGAGCUUUACAAGGAGGACACCAGCAAGAUGACAGCCGACAUGCUCACGAAGUACAGCGAGUGGCCGACAAUCGAGAAGCAUUGCACCACUCUCAACCUCAGGUUCGGAAAGCAGAUGACGGGCUUGAGCGCAAUGGCAGUUUUCACGGAGGUCGUGACGAAGGCGUCAGGCGAGAAGGUGACAGUGUACGGAGGAUCUGACGAGGUUGCGGUUUGCCCCGCGCCUGUCAGCCACUAUGUGGAGAGCGAGGAGUUCAGGUUCUACUUGAUGUUGGGACUUGUUAUGGUGACUGCAGCGAGUACUUUCUUAUUGGGGUGCUGGUGUGGUUGCUACUUCAAGAACUUCUACGACAAGUUCCUCCUCCAGGGUGCGGUUAGCCCCGCCUCUGGAAGCACGUGUCCACCAUCUGCGCGGGCUGACGUCGAGUUCAAGACCGUGUGUGCACAGCAGGACAAAGGUGCAAGGCACAAGCUCUUAAACACGUUUCUUGUGGCUGAGCUGCGAGCUGUCUUGAAGGCCAAGAGCCUGGCCGUGUCAGGGAUCAAAGAAGACCUGGUCACGAGGAUGAUCAAGCACGGAGGUGUUCUGUCGGAUCGCCAGGCCAAGGAGAUCGAGCAGCUGCGGGUGAUGGCUACAGCGCAUGGACCUCUUGCCAAGCUUAGCUUGCAGGACAUCAGCAGUCCAGAGGCUGCGCAGAAGUGGAUCGAGACGUUCAAGGGCGAGUGCCGAGACCGUUCCAGAGGCUCUCAGGUGAUCCACGGAGAGGGCUAG